AAAUAUCGGACGGCACUCUGACCCGCUAGCUAGUGGUCCUUCGUCUCUUCUUCUACUUCAUCUUCUUUCCUUCAUCUUCCUCAUCCUCUCUCCCCUGCCGGCCUUCCCUUUCUUCUUUUGUUCUCGAUAUCUUGCAACGUCGGGAGGGGAAAAGAAUGUCGGCACAGAUCGCGCCGGCGGAGCAUGUGUGCUACGUGCACUGCAACUUCUGCAACACAAUUCUCGCGGUCAGUGUUCCUAGUAAUAGCAUGUUGAACAUCGUGACCGUUCGUUGUGGGCACUGCACUAGCUUGCUGUCGGUGAACUUGAGAGGUUUAAUCCAGUCACCACCACCUGUGCAAGAUCAUUCCCAGGAGAAUCUCAAGGCGCACAAUAUCAGCUUUCGAGGAAAUUACCCUGACUAUAGCUCUUCUUCCAAAUACCGUAUGCCAAUGAUGUACUCAACCAAAAGUGACCCAGAACAUAUGCUACACAUGCGACCUACCGAGAAGAGGCAGCGGGUUCCUUCAGCGUAUAACCGAUUUAUUAAGGAAGAGAUACGGAGGAUAAAAACAAACAACCCUGACAUAAGCCACAGAGAAGCCUUCAGCACUGCAGCAAAGAACUGGGCGCAUUUCCCUAACAUACAUUUCGGCCUAGGCUCCAAUGAGAGCAGCAAGAAGCUGGACGAGGCCAUCGCGGCGCCUAUCCCCCAGAAAGUUCAAGGUCUCUACUGAGACGAAUAUUCCUCUAUGCAUGAUAUUUCAUAUUGUAAGUAAUUUAAGGAAAUCUAAGUUAUUUCUAAAUCAGUUUGUGAGUGGGUACAUAAGAUCACUUGCGAGCGGCAUGCGUGAAGUGAGAAAAAAAAGCAUAUGGAAAGUGCAUGCAGCUAGCUAGCUAACGCCCAUGCAUAUGAAAGUCUUCUGAAUAAAUCCCUUGAUCGAUCACCCUGUUGUUAUUUGGUUGCUUAAAAAUAAUUAUCCGGUUUUUUUAUUAUUAGGAACUGGUUUGAAUAA